CAUUUGGUGAAAUAAACUUAAAACGAUGACAGCCAAAAUUAUUUUUAUGAUUAUUUAUUUGUGUAUCAUUCAGCGGAUUAAUUAUGUCUACGGUGCAACUCGAACAUCAACAGCAUCGGCAACUUCUGACACAACUGAUUGUGGUAGUUUAUCCAAGCUAUAUAUGCCAAAUGCUCACGAGAGGUAUGUGAUCAACGGUACAAAAUACAACUCUAUCGCAAAUAUAUACUGUGAUGCGGGAUACAGAGAGCAAAAUCAAAUGCAGAUAAAAGGAGUUACAAAAACUUUGAUUAGAUGUAACGAGAAUGGAACAUGGGAAAAUCUACCAAUUUGUGUUAGAAAAGAUUGUGGCAGUAUUUGGAUGUUGAAUAUACCAAAUGCCCGCGACAGGCGCGAGAUGAACGGUACAAAAUACAGCUCGGUUGCAAAUAUUAGCUGUGAUGUGGGAUAUAGAGCACAGAAUAAAAUUCAUACAGAGAGCAUUACAAGUACUUUGAUAAGAUGUUACGAGAAUGGAACAUGGGGAAAUCUACCAACUUGUGUUAGGAAAAACUGUGGGAAAACAGAAAAUUUACAUAUAAACAACACACAAUCAAUAAAUCUGAGAAGAGAAAAUACUACGACAUUUGAAUCGAACGCUACUGUUUUGUGCAAGACUGGAUAUGCAGUAACCGGAGAAUACGGUCGUCCAAAGAAGCAGUAUGAAAUAACUUGUGGUUCAUCCGGAAGAUGGGAAACAGUUAAGGCCUGUAUCAGAAUAGACUGUGGGAAAACAGAAAAUUUACAUAUAAACAACACACAAUCAAUAAAUCUGAGAAGAGAAAAUACUACGACAUUUGAAUCAAACGCUACUGUUUUGUGCAAGACUGGAUAUGCAGUAACCGGAGAAUACGGUCGUCCAAAGAAGCAGUAUGAAAUAACUUGUGGUUCAUCCGGAAGAUGGGAAACAGUUAAGGCCUGUAUCAGAAUAGACUGUGGGAAAACAGAAAAUUUACAUAUAAACAACACACAAUCAAUAAAUCUGAGAAGAGAAAAUACUACGACAUUUGAAUCAAACGCUACUGUUUUGUGCAAGACUGGAUAUGCAGUAACCGGAGAAUACGGUCGUCCAAAGAAGCAGUAUGAAAUAACUUGUGGUUCAUCCGGAAGGUGGGAAACAGUUAAGGCCUGUAUCAGAAUAGACUGUGGGAAAACAGAGAAUUUACAUAUAAACAACACACAAUCAAUAAAUCUGAGUAGAGAAAAUGCUACGAAAUUUGAAUCGAACGCUACUGUUUUGUGCAAGACUGGAUAUGCAGUAACGGGAGUAUACGGUCGUCCAAAGAAGCAGUAUGAAAUAACUUGUGGUUCAUCCGGAAGGUGGGAAACAGUUAUGGACUGUAUCAGAAUAGAUUGUGGAAACAUAGACAUGCUGAAUAUAUCAAAUGCUAACAGCUGGUUUAAUUUCACUGAUACAAAAUACCUGUCGAAUGCUACUAUUAGCUGUGAUACUGGGUAUACUGAUCAAAACAAACCUCAGGUAUUGGAUAUAUCAACAUCUUGGAUAACAUGCUCUGCCAAUGGGACAUGGGCAAAUGUACCGAAGUGUGUAAGGAAAGAUUGUGGAAACAUAGACAUGCUGAAUAUAUCAAAUGCUAACAGCUGGUUUAAUUUCACUGAUACAAAAUACCUGUCGAAUGCUACUAUUAGCUGUGAUACUGGGUAUACUGAUCAAAAUAAACCUCAGGUAUUGGAUAUAUCAACAUCUUGGAUAACAUGCUCUGCCAAUGGGACAUGGGCAAAUGUACCGAAGUGUGUAAGGAAAGAUUGUGGAAACAUAGACAUGCUGAAUAUAUCAAAUGCUAACAGCUGGUUUAAUUUCACUGAUACAAAAUACCUGUCGAAUGCUACUAUUAGCUGUGAUACUGGGUAUACUGAUCAAAAUAAACCUCAGGUAUUGGAUAUAUCAACAUCUUGGAUAACAUGCUCUGCCAAUGGGACAUGGGCAAAUGUACCGAAGUGUGUAAGGAAAGAUUGUGGAAACAUAGACAUGCUGAAUAUAUCAAAUGCUAACAGCUGGUUUAAUUUCACUGAUACAAAAUACCUGUCGAAUGCUACUAUUAGCUGUGAUACUGGGUAUACUGAUCAAAAUAAACCUCAGGUAUUGGAUAUAUCAACAUCUUGGAUAACAUGCUCUGCCAAUGGGACAUGGGCAAAUGUACCGAAGUGUGUAAGGAAAGAUUGUGGAAACAUAGACAUGCUGAAUAUAUCAAAUGCUAACAGCUGGUUUAAUUUCACUGAUACAAAAUACCUGUCGAAUGCUACUAUUAGCUGUGAUACUGGGUAUACUGAUCAAAAUAAACCUCAGGUAUUGGAUAUAUCAACAUCUUGGAUAACAUGCUCUGCCAAUGGGACAUGGGCAAAUGUACCGAAGUGUGUAAGGAAAGACUGCGGUAAUGUACACUACAUCAGCAUAAAUAAUGCAGCCAACAGACGUCUGCAUAAUGACACCAAGUACACUUCAACAGCAGAAAUAGACUGUGACGAAGGAUACUAUAACAUCAACGACAUUCAGACAAGUGGAAUUUCAACAACAACAAUAAGAUGUUCUGAGAAUGGAACAUGGGUUUACAUGCCUACGUGCGUACGAAAAGACUGCAGUGACAUACACAACAUCAGCAUAAAGAAUGCACUUAAAAGACGUAUGCAUAAUGACACCAAGUACACUUCAACAGCCGAGAUAGACUGUGACGAAGGAUACUACAACAUUAACGACAUUCAGACAAGUGGAAUUUCAACAACAACAAUAAGAUGUUCUGAGAAUGGAAUGUGGGUGAACGUGCCUACAUGCGUACGGAAAGAUUGUGGAAACAUAGACAUGCUGAAUAUAUCAAAUGCUAAAACCAAGAUUGUUUUUACUGAUACAAAAUACCAGUCGAAUGCUACUAUAAGCUGUGAUACUGGGUAUACUGAUCAAAAUAAACGUCAGACAUUGGGUAUAUCAACAUAUUUGAUAACAUGCUCUGCCAAUGGAACAUGGGCAAAUGUACCACAGUGUGUAAGGAAAG